UAAUUUAUUAAAAAUACCAAAAUAUCUUGCGCCGCGUUAAAGUUUUCUCCAUCUCAAAGCAAAGAAAUGGACGUGGUACGAUCUCUUUGGCUACUUUUAGAGGAUGCACGUCAAGAAACUGAUACCUUCCACUUUACCUUCCAACAGCCACAAGAUAAGCUCAACUCCUUGCCUCUUCCCCCCUCCCCUCCUUUAUAGAUUCACAAGAAAAGCAACUGUACUGUACUCUGUCAUGGCGCUAUGCGAUGCGGUGAUAGGGAAUUUAACGACGAUCUACGUGGCGGUGAUAGCUGGAAUUAAGGUUUAUGGGCUGGUCUGUGGAAGGAGCUUCAGUGGUGGAUUCGUGCUGAUUCUGUCUACUAUCGUAGUGGGUUUGAUAUUGACUGGGACGCUGGCGUGGGAUAUUUCUCGUAAGGCCACGUAUCCGAUUUCACGGGAUCAUGUCAAUGUUCAUGAGAUGUGCAAAGGUGGUAUUUGCUGGCACGGCGUGGCUGUCCGGUCCCCGGCUUCUCAGGUCCGGUUUAGACUUCCUCAGCGUUAGCAAUUACUAUCAAGCAAUACGGGUUUUCUGUAAAAAAAAGACAGAUUUUGAGAGACAGCGCCAUAACAAAAGUACGAAAAGAAGAACGAGAAUAAAGAAAAGGGAUUAAAAAUGCCAGGUAGAGAGUCUCUUUCUUGGUUUUUGGUGGUUCUUGCUGUCGAGUAUGAGCCUUUUUCCUUGAAAGAGUGACUCAGGAGGUGUUUGUUUGUUUGCCAGAGAGGGAGGAGAUACAAUAAUGUGCAUAUAGAUAAGUUAAAAGAGUGACGAGUGUUUUAUUUUUGAGUAUAAAUAAAAAUGUCUCAUAAGACAUGCAUUUUGUUUUCUUGUAACUGUUUCAAGCUUUGCCACGUCAACUUAUUUUUGAGCCGUUGCAUUUGCUGAAGAGCCAGGCUUGGCGGUCGAUACUUGAUACUGGUGGCAGCAAAACAAGGGAACUGUUCAGCUGAAAAGAAAACGUUCGGAGUGAAUUUCCAGGGCCGGUGGCUUGGUUGGGUUUCUUUGCAUCUCAAUUUUGGCGAAGUUUUGCUUU